CGCAUGGGUUUGCAACUCUACAGCCAGGGAGCACAAUGUAGACCUGCUGGAAGACCUGCAAGUCAGCAUGAUUUGACCGUCUGCCCCUUGAAUUGUUUCUGGUUUGCGCAGAAAUGGCCCCACCAAACUCCGUGAGAGAUUUGUUGCAGCUGGCGCAGCCAUCUAGGCCGUGGCGAAAGAAGGACAUGGAGGCCAUCGAAGCGAGGCUGAGCCGUGUAGGCAUCACCAGCCUCCAAGAGCUCCAAAUUGCCGUGCGCGGAAAGACUUUGGCUGAGAUGCUCCAGCGGAGCGGGAAGCCCCUGUCACAGGAGGUCUUGUCUGCCCUUGUAGCUGCUGCGGAGGGUCUGGUUGAUGGCUCCCUGGGCGAGUUGCCUCGGGACCGCACAAAGGAGGAGUUUCCACGAAUGCAUGGCCUUUCACACAUUCGAAGAUCACCCAGAUGGACCUUUAACCAGUCCAGUGACUUUGAACGGCGAUUUCUUCCACCUGGACCCGGCGCGUAUCACCUGGAUCCACGCGCAGAUGCAAUGGAUGCAGUGUCAAGAUACCAGAAGGGGCCCAUUUUCUCCUUUGGUUUGUCGGGGCGAGAUCCUGUUGGCAAACAGAAGAUCCCAGGGCCUGGCGCCUACGAGUUGGCCAAGGAGGCUGGUUUGACGGCCUCCAAGUGGACCAUGACGCCGCGACGAGAGCGGCAGAAAGUUGGUGACGUCGGGGACCUGCCUGGGCCUGGAGACUAUGAAAUUGAGGCCAUGGUGGGCAAAUCUCCCAAGUACUCGGCAGGGCAGAAAAUUGACAUUGGCAAAAAACAAGUCCUUCCUGGACCCGGAGAUUACUCCCAAGGCGACAUCACUGCGAGCAAGACGCCUUCUUGGCGCUUUGGCACUUCCAACCGUCCCAACGGUGCUGCAGAGAUGACCCCUGGACCUGGUGCAUACAUGGUGUCUUCCACAGUGGGUGAUGCACCAUGUGCGAGCUUGAAGGGCCGCCACAACGGCAUUGGGAGGCCAUCUCCCAUGCCUGGACCAGGUGCUCAUGGCGGACACUAUUCUUCGUUUGGUUGAGCCUGUGUCGAUGUGCAGGCAUCGGCCACUUGAGCCCAAGCUGAGUCUUGAAGAGACUUUGCAAACAUUAAGGAGAGCGCCAGCCGACACAAAAAGUGUCAUGUCUCACUAUUUUCGGUAGAAGGGCCGUUUGCAGGCAAGUCUUUUCUGUCUUUGUCC